AUGACUUCAAUUGUUGAUGUCUACUCUUGCAAGUCGUUCAAAUCCCAGUGGAAGAUCCGUGUGAAGAUCUUGAAGAAAUGGAAGCAGUACUUGAAUGGUGUUGAGACCAUGGAGAUGAUUGUCGUCGAUGAUAAGGAAAAUCCUGACACUUUUGCAACACCUUCAUUUAAACGCAAAGAAGAAGUUGGAGAUGCACUUGACCUGCAAUCCAAAUCAAAGAAGUUUUGCACACCGUCAAAAUAA